AUGGACAGGUUGCAUGACCACUACCAGGCAUACUCAUGGCAUCAGUCUCACGAUCAGGCGACUGUAUUGCUAUUAGUGCCGUACGAGACACUGGAGGACGACGUGUUGGUCAUGAUUGAGCGGAAUCACCUGGUGGCGGGAGUGCGUGGACAGCCACCGAUUGUUAAGGGUCGUCUGUAUGGCAAUGUGGACACGGCGAAUUCCAUGUGGCAACUCGAGCCUCGUGCAUCUCGCUCUCGCUCAGGACUCCCGAUACGCGACCGCACAACAUCAACAACAUCAACUGCAUCCACGCAGUCUUCGUAUGCUGUCCUAUCUGAUCCCGAGAUUUCUAGUAGCUUUGCUGCCUCACUUGACGGUGGCUUCCCAUCCGACGUUGAAGAGCCGAGCCUUUCAUCCCCUGCGCUUUCAUCGCCAAUCUCGUCCUCCGUAGAUGAGCAAGCGAGCUACACGUUCAUGAGCCACCCGCAGCGGUCACAUAUCAUCGAGUCGCUCCCGUCAUCCCCGCCACUCAUCCUGCCUCCAUUUAGCGUCGCCUCAUCGUACUCCUCUGUCGACUCGUUACGUGCUGCCUCGGGGCGCUUGCUCACUUUGCAUCUUGAGAAGGCAGAAUCCGUCAUGUGGCCCUCUUUGGUUGUCGGGCCUGUGCCUGAGAGCCUCUCACCGUCUCCGCUGAGUGUCUACCCGUGGGCAUCUUCGUCCGCAUUGACAAUCGAGAACAUCUAUAACAUGGAUCCAACGAGCCUUGUCCUGAUGGCACUAGACCUGUAUCACAUCAGGGAGGCGUUCCAGGACGCGUUCGAAUACUUCGUGAGGGCAUGGCAUCAGGCGCACGUGCCCUUGGCUACCAUCCGCCUGGCGACGCAUUAUCUCCCAAUGCACUCCGCCAUUCCAAUACCCGAGCCUUUGCCUGCGCCUAUCUCUGAAGACGGUUCUGAACCGCCGACAGAGCCGAGCACACCCACACCUCUUGCUCCCGACCCAAUUCCUGGCACAUUAGCGUAUUACGUCAAUCGCAUAGGCGGCACACAAGGACUCGCCCAAUUGUACCUUUCCGCAGGCGUGUUGCACCUCGAGGGAGCUGCCACGCAAUUGCUGUCCUCGACAUACAUGGGCCUGUCAUCUCUUCGCGCACCCUUAGUCGUUAGCGGAACUAGCGGCCAUGGACAUGGCAGCCCCGGCCACAGCAUAGGUAGUACAGAAGCCUGGAGACAUGACAGGGAGUGCGCGAGGCAGUACUUCGAGCGCGCACGCGCCCUGGUGCCUGUCCUAGAUGUGCCCCUGCUCCCACCUGAGAACGACUCGGACCCGGGUUCCGGAGCGGAAAAUGGCGAUCGUAAGAGCGUAGGUUCAAACCGCGGCUCAAUCCCGGUAUCACAGCGCAGAAGGGCGAAGCAUUCUUCCGCUUCGAAAGUUUCUUCUAUAGAGCUGGGCUGGCCGCCUGAGCAGUCUCGUCGGAGGCGAAAGAAGGAGUCCGGCGACUUGUCUAGCUCGUUCAUGGAGAACUACCGGUCAGACGCAGACGAUGACGAUCGGACAUGGUAUCUGUAUCUACCUGGGCUGGUUGGUGCCGGCACUGCAUUGUUGGUUGUUGGUUUUCUGUCUUUUUCAUCUUGGAGAAGAACACAGGGAAAUUAA